GGGAGGUUCCUCUAAAAUCGUACCGCACUACGACUGCAGGGGUAAACGAGCGCGUUCCCGCGAUAUUAUGUAGAAAAUUUCUCCUCGACGGUUUAUUACAGUUUGACGAUUAGGUGAUUCCGUGGAGUGGAGCUCUCUACAUGGGAUAUGAAUGAAGACCAAAUCCCUUCACGCGGAGAUAUUGGCAGUGCUGCUGCUGUGUCAAAUACCAUGGCCAGGGCCGAGUGUUUUCAAAAUAUCAUGCCCUCGAGACAGUGCCUCGGUGGUACGGAGGAUAGUACAAAAGAAAUGGAUCCCCGUGCUGAACAAAUACCAAGUCGAGCUGCCCCUCGAGUGCCCGUUCCAUAGAACCAGAGACAUAUUUCACCCUCAACAGGCGGCCAAAUAUCAGCAUCGACCUUCCCAAUGGACGUGCGGGUUGUGCGGAAAAUCAUUUUACGAAGAGCGUCACCUGGACAUGCAUUUUGAUAAUAGACACAAAGGCGACAUCAACAUUGCAGAGGAUGCUGUCUGUCUAGCUGACUACUGCGAUAUUAUGAGGUGUGACGUUCUGAUAACUCAAGACUUUGAGGGGUCAUCAAUAGACGAUUCGAGUACCAUCAAUACGGACAUCGAGGUAUGGAGGGAAACGACGGCUCGUCAAACAACGCUAGCUCCUUCGACCGGAUCCAGAGACUUGGCUAGGGUAUUCGGUGACAAGUUUCAAGAGUCGCAGACCAGCGGUGGCACUAACAGAGGAACGUUCCAUCACUACUGCGACAGGCGAGAUACCCCUGAGAAUCAUUUCACCAUUAACCAUCAGAAGCAGAAAAUGAUCGGUUCUGAGGAUGAAGAAAACAAUAAGACACAUGACAUCUGUGACAGUAAUCAUCUCGUCGACUCGGCUCUACCAGCUAUCGAUAGAAAUCAGCAGCGGCUCGCCGAGCUACAGAAACUCAAAUCAAACUGCAAGCCUGAGGAGCUUUUGAAAUUGAAAAUAAGAUGUGAGAUUCUGGUACGUGACUGCAUCGCAGGAUUGCUUGUUAAUCUGUCCAUUCAAGAUUUCACGGAAGUUGAAGGUGAACUCAAUCGAGCCGUUUGCUGGUAUUUGACAUGCGAAAAAUACUGGGAAGAUACGCGCAGACAGCAACGUCAGAUACCGUGGCAUCUCUUAUUCAUACUAGCCAUGCUCUUAUCACUGGGAAUGUCAAUGUGCUAUUACAUCAUUUGGAUAUUAUUUGAUUCUGUGCAUGAAAUGAGAGCUGAUGGAAUGUCAGGGAUUUCGCACUCACCACACAACAAUAGGAACAAGGAAAUGACGUCUCCGCAGCAUGGUUCGAAAGUUGACCAAAAUAAGAAAGAUAGCAAAGGGAAAUUGGAACCCGGACAAGACACGCCCUCCGCAGGGAGUGCUGAAACACCCGAUCAUUACAUAUAUGUUGCAUACCCACCUGAGCUGAAACGGCGACUCCUUGAAAGCUGUUAUAAUCGAACAACGCGCCUGUAGAGUGAAAUGAAGAUCGACAGCCAGUUUGGGGACAUGAUUGACACAGCAAUUCGCACACGCAUACCUCUAGCCAUACUGAAUAUAGAAAUUACAUCUUAAGGUAAGGAUUAUUUUUUAUGAGCAUCAAUUACCGUGCAAAGACCUACGUGUAAGAGUUGAAGGAUGAAAUUAAAACUGUACAGUUUAUUCAUGUACCGUUGAAAACUUGAUUGCUAAUAAAAAAUGCACAAAUAAUAA